CAUGCCGGUUAAACACAAUCGUGGGUGAGCGGACCAAGAGAGUUAGCUGCCCGAGGUCGGCUGAUCAAAGGGUAUUGGGCUGGAGACAGUCACAGUGAGAGCGGGAGGGGACGUGAGGUUUGGCGACACUUGUAUCGGGGAAUAAAAUGCCUGCCCUGUCCAAGUACUUCAGUGAUGAGGAGGUGAGAAGCCUACAGUCCAUGUACAGUAAAGGUGAUGUGGUAACGGUGAUCCUUGAACUGAAGCAGAAGGCAGAGGAUUUAACCGGUGUGAAGAUCGACAUUGCUGUGCUGGGUGAUGUGGGCUCCGGGAAAUCCGCCUUCAUCAAUGCCAUGAGGGAUGUUCAAAGUGACGAUCCUGAAGCUGCUCCAACUGGGAAUGGUGAAGCCAGCAAGGAGCCAACUGCCUAUUACCAUCCAUCCCUGCCAGAUGUUCAACUCUGGGAUCUCCCAGGAUUAAACUCCUUUGGUUUUGAACUGAACCGUUACCUGAAACAAGUGAAUUUUGUAAGCUAUGACUUCUACAUCAUUGUGUCUCAGGCACGAUUCAGAGAGUGUGAUGGUGAGCUAUCCAAAAGGAUUCAAGAACAACAGAAGGAGUUCUACUACAUUCGGUCCAAAAUUGACAAUGACGCCUAUUCUAUGCAGAUGCAAGGCGUUGACUUCAGUCAAGGGCAGAUGCAAAUCAUCCAGGACUGUCUUAAAAACUUUCAAAAUGUCGGAGUCAAACCACCAGCCAUUUUCCUGAUCUCUAGUUUCAAUGUGAAAGAAUAUGAUUUUCCAAAAUUAAAGAAUACCCUUGCCACUGAUCUCCAGAGAAUAAGAUUAAAAGCUUUCCAGCUCUUGAUUGAGAAGAUGAUGUGGGAAAUCCAACUUUGUUCAAGCCACAGGAGGAAGGUCUGGUUGUGGUCUGUCAUUUCUGGGGUUCUAGGCUCAAUUCCCGCCUCAGGCUUUCCCCUCCUCGCUGCCAUUAUCUCCACUGUUGCUGGGUGGAUUCAUAUCCGGCGACAGUUUAGCAUCCGUGAACAGGAGCUGCGCAGGUUGGCCAACAAGAUUGGCCAACCCCUUGCAGUACUCCUUAAUACAAGGCAGCCCCGCAGCUGGUUUUCAGCAACUGUUAGCACACUACUGGGGGCCCUCACUGUGGGUUGCACUUCAUAUAGAUUCACACACAAUAUCUCUCCAUGGGCACACUUUGCCAUUGGGGCAGUGUCCUCUUUUGCUUUUGCUUUCCACUUUCUAAAGAGCUCACUGUAUCACCGCUCGCAAGAUGAACGAACUCUUGCCAAGAUGGCACUUCAGUGAGAUGGCAGUGACCUUUAUCAGGCUGCACAUCUUCCAGUGGUCCCCAUUACCGGUCCAGAAUACCACAGUACUCAGAAUACCCUCCAACAGUUGGGUUGGGUUUGGAAAAGAGAAUCACAUCCGUUUUCUACCACCUGAUACCUGCACACUUGACAUAUUGUAGAAGUAUCAGUAUAGAGAUAGCUCAAUAUAAACUAUUGAUACCAUUCUGUAUUUCACUUUUGUUAACUGUAACUUGUUGUUCCAUAUCAUUGGAACUUCUGUGCUUGAAGCUGUGCUGUAACAUUCGCAGAAACUAAAAGGGCUCAUUUCUCUCUUCGAUACGCACACAUUUGGGCACAUUUGAAUCAGUUCCCUGAAUGCCUAAACCUGGGCAUGAUUCCCACAGAGCUGUAAUUUGUUGUGAUGAAAUUUCCCAGGUUCGCUGUUCUAAAUAAACUAUCACCUAAACAUCA